GCUAUGGCCUUCUUCAACUUGUAUCUACUGGGAUAUCAAAAUUCCUUUCGAGGCAAAAAAAGAAACGCAACUGAAGAAACAAAUCAGAAGGGACCGGUGGCCACUAGUCUGCCCCAUAUCACCUCAACAGACGGCAAUUACUCUGUACACCAGAGCAGCCACGCAAAAUAUCACAAAGCCGUACAGAAGGUGUUGUUAAAGACGUUUCCCAAUCAGGUCUUCAGAGUGCCCUUGACUGAUGCCCAGAACUUCAGCUUCUGGAGGUGCCACGACCCAGGGGUGUACCCAGAGGAAACCACGCCGUGGAUCCGGAGUCCCCGCCACUACAUCGUCAAGAGCCCGAUGACCAGGUUUAUGGAUCACUGUAUUCUCAAUGACAGAAGCUCCUGCCUGUAUUGAGCAGGAUACAUCUGAAGACAGACAAGAUGAACUCAGGGAUGUUCCGACUAGCAGGGGGUGAGGGGUGAGGGAGAGAGUGAAUGCAGAGUAAACGCUUGAAACUAGAAGUCACUUGUGUGGACUGACAGUGGAGGGGAGGGGAGGAUGGCUUCAAGGCCACACAGCCAUGAGUCCAGAUCUCUCACAGGUGCCUGCGAGGAUGCGGGAGAAUCCCGAAGGAGCCACGACUUGGGGUGUUUGGUCAGGAGGGGCCAGGGCACUUGAAAGGCAGGUCUUUUUUUUGUUUGUUUUUUUCUGCUGGUGUGAGUGGGGCAUCAUCACAGGUCUUCUCGACCUCACGCAUCUCAGGAAUCAAUGACAAACCGGGGAGUCACACUGUCCCUCACGCAGCGAAGGGGCCUGGAGGAGUCGCGCACUGCACGUCAC